AUGCUACGGUCGAAGUGUGUGGUUACAGAGCUACAGGACAAGGUUAAACUGUCGGAUCUCCGUCGUAUUUUGACGGUAUACUUGGAUGAGCUGAAGAACAGAUUAGUUUUUAAAGGGGAGGCGAGCGCUAGUGUCACUGGUGCUGCUGCUGCUGCUGCUUCCGGCAGCGAAUGUAAAUGUGCCUUUGAUGCUCGCCGUGAUGAUGUGUGUGUUGCCUUAGCUGAACCACAGAUGGUGGCGACUACCACUCACGAAAGGCAGCACCCUGCUGAAUACAUCUCACGGGAUGUGUUCGUCAAUGCUGGGUUUGCCUUUGUGGCGGAAGACCCGAAGAAGGCCUAUCAGGCCUCGGUGAAUCACAUACGCUUGUUGCAGAGUCAUAAUUUACUCACGACCCAGCUACUGUGUACCAAUGACGCAAUGCAGCAGUAUAACAUGUACACCUCGCUGACUGGAAAUUUGGGAGACCUCGUUCCUUCUGCCGAUGGCAACUAUGUGAGAGCAAUAGUGACUAGGAUCAAUACACUAUAUGAACUCGGUGGGAUGGACGAGCCUCCCUCCGCGUCAACAUUGAAGGUUUUGCUACGGACGUUGAAGUUUGGGAUGAACACAGCUAAGGAACGGAGUACAGUUGCGGCCGUUUUAGAGAAGCUCGCUGAUGGUCUUGCUAAUAAGCAGACAUAUGAGCGCAAUCAAGAAGCGAAGCAGAAGAGGUUGUUGGCUGAGCCGACGGUCGAGGCUAAAUGGCGUCAUCCAGCGAGAGUUGAGGCGUCCAAGUCGUUCAUAAGGUGGAAGGGCGUUACGCCGUGGACUCUAGACCAGGUGCUUGCAAUGCUGGGGAUAUCACGCGACAAGAGGAGGCGCUUCUUGGGUGAACCGUAUUCUUCUGAGGAUAAGGGGCCUGUGCUGAAGUCGGUAAAGGAAGAGGAGGAGGAGGGGGAUGAGGAUGAUAAGGAGAUGGUCGCGAAAGCAUUAAAUGAGCCUCUGACCGAACCUGAUAUGCAAUGGGACGCUGAUGUGAUGUGGGAGAUGAUGCGGAAAGCGGCUAAGGUCAAGGAUGCUGAUGAUGGGGAAGCUGUGUUAGCGUCGUUCGUGCCCCCAACGGCCAAUAAGAUGUGGGCGAAUACCUUCCUUGACGAUGUGAAGCUGGAGGAAGGCAGAAUACAGAAGUCGAGGAGGCUGGGGAAUGCUCAGGCCUUGAAAGAGCUGCCUGCUCUUAAGCCACAGGACCUGCUUGAUUUCGGAUACAUGUACCUCACACAUUUGGCGUAUGAGGUGAUAGUCUCGGAGGGCGCUGAGAGGGAGAAAACGGAGCUGCCUAAUGGUCUCAUUCAGAAUCAAAUGAUGCAUAUGACCUUUGAUGAUCUACCAGAGGAGUUGAACGUGAAGUCGCCUCUUGCCCUUGUCACAGCUAAUGGUGAUACUCCCCAGGACGAGAUCAUUCGCCUACAGAUGCUGCUCACUCUACGGCAAUACCUGUGUUUCGGCCACGGGACUGCUGGUCGAGGCACUACUGGCAAGUCGAAGAAAGUGGCAUCGUCAGCUGCUCAGCAGUCGCCAGAGAACCCUCGGGAUGCAUUCGAGAUGAGAGUGAGGCGCCUGGUUGGUCUGGCCGAGGAGCUGCCGUCUAUGCGGGGGGCUGCCUCGGGGAGGAUACUACAAUGGUGGAAACCAGACAUACAUGAUAGCGCUGUACUGGUGUUAUUCGUGAUUUACGGCUUACCGGACACGUGGCGAACGAAGGACCUCCUCCUCAAGGACGAACUACCUUUCUACCAGUACUGCAAGACUGCGUUGUGCGUUGGAGGGCACUCUCAGAGACGACGACGGUGUAACGAUGGUCGAGCCGAUGAUCCUAAUUCGCUCGCUUUCAAGGUCAAGAUGCAGCUGAUGGAUGAGGUUAUGCCGGCGCUGAUGGGAAGAUUGAAGGACAUCACAAGGCUGCAUCUAUUUCGAAUGUAUCCUCCUCCGGCUCCUCCGCCGCAACGCACUGUAAAGGCUGGGUCUGCAGCGCGACUUAUUUGUCAUAAUUUGCCUCACAUGGGUUUCAUCGGCAGUAUCGAGCAGUUCAUCAAUCUCCGCACGGCGAGGAUGUUCAUCUAUGGCGGUGUCAGUGCCGUCUUCCUCUAUAAGGCUACUCCCGUUAUGUAUCGUUGGGAGAUGUUGCCUACCUUUUUGGUGAAGACCGAGGCGUAUAAGGCGAGAGAGGCUAUGAUCGCCUUUGACAACAUGAAGGGUAUCGUAUAUGGCCCUUAUGAUAAGGGUGGCCUUGAAGGCCCUCCUACGAAGAUACCAGAGACGUCGGUUGGUAUGAUGAAGGUGGAUCCGAUGGAUGAUAUGAGUAUUGUGAUAGGGUCAAUCAAUAACUAUCCCAACACUGCUGAAGCGGAGGAACUGCUCGAUAAGUUUAUGACGGGAUGUUCGGAAUUGAUAAGGAAAGAAGAGAUUGGUGAAUCUUUGGAACAUAGAAAGAUCUUUGCUUAUGUGCUCACUAAGAAGGAUACUAAUGUUGUAGAGAAGCCUAGGCUGAUGGUGACUAGUUUGAUGCAUAGCAGGGAGCCUGUUCGUGAGGGUUUCUCAUGGAAACUGUGUGAUCAGGAUCGUCUCGAGAACUAUGCGUUAUACAAGUUCGUUGAAGAUCCUAAGAUGAGGGACGCUCGUAAGAAUCGCCGUGAAACAUGCCCUCAGGACCCGGUGAGUAGUGGUGUUGAUCUGAAUCGCAACUUUGAUUACAAAUGGACUGGACAGUACGCUAAGUGCAGUGAGGAGUAUGCCGGAGAGAAGCCAUUUAGUGAGCCGGAGACCCAGGCGUUGAAAAGGAUGGUGGAAGAAAGGGAAUUCAAAAUCGCCCUCAAUUUCCACUCCUAUGGGACGAUGCUUACCUACCCUUACAACUAUGCCAUUACGGGUGAGGCCCCUCUACCAGCAGACGAUGAGGCAGUGUUUGAGGAGCUGGCGGAGGUCUUUGGCUUUAAGCGCCACGGUGCAGCUCAUAAGCUCUUACGGUAUACCGCGACGGGGGAGAGCGAUGACUGGUUCUAUGGCGCUAGAGGGAUCAUCAGCAUGUCUCCUGAGGUUGGCAGCGAGUCGGGAGGAUUUUACUCGCCCGCGGAGGAGAUACCUGGCAUAGUUCAUCGCAACUAUCGCCGAAUAAGGCAUGCUCUUCAUAAGGCGGGAUUGGAGUUAAGAAGAGUAACUUGCAGCGCUGGUGUGGCGGCUGGCAGGAUGAAAUUGAGCCUCAAAAAUGGAGGCUUGGGUGCGGGGUUCGGGAAGUAUGCGGCAGUGGCAGUGAGGGGCUGUGGCCCGUCACCAGUGACGGGGAAAAUCGCCCAACUUGGCCGACGGAGCGAUACGGAUUUUGAGGUGUCAUGCCCGGUAGAGUCGAUGACUACCGGUAAGGAUCAUGAGAUUUGCAUAGUAGAGGAAAUCCCCUCAAGUGUGAGCCCAGCGAUAUGUCGUUGCGCAGUAACGAGGAUGGGAGGGGAGGCCAGCAGGCGAGCUGAAUGGACAACGCCUUUGGAGGAUGAUAAUGGCAUGGAGCGAUGGGUGGUGGUUGCAGCGGUAGUGGUAGCGAUAGCCUGUUUAUGGCUAUUCAUCUACACGUUGUGGUGUGCUGCGUCACAGAAACUACUCAUGAGGAGGGUUGCUGCUAAUAACCAGAGCCGGUAUGCGAAUCUGGAGAUAGGAGCUUACGACCUCGAGAACGCGGUAGCACAGACUGGUGCUGAAAUUGAUAGAGAAUAA